AAAACUGAAAAUGGUUGAAAAAACAGAUAAAUGGUUACUUUCAUGCAUUUGUUAGGAUCAAAUUUUAAUGCUUGGCCUAAUCAAGAAUGGCUGUUGUAUUGUUCUUCCGACAAUCCCAUUUCCCAUGGAAUCCGACCCCAAUUUGAGAGUUGCCCAGAAUGCGCAGUUAUUCGUCCGCCUGGCGCUCAAUCUAACCGUCAGGAUCUCUCUGUUGGAGUCUGAAUCCCGGGGGGUCUCUGAUUGCAGGAAAAAAGUGUGAAGAAUGGGCGAGAUUCAGUUGGGAGCUCACUCGGUGCGGACUCAUGGAGCAAAAGUAUUGAGAAUACACUGCCAUGACUGGGUCAUCUUCUUACUACUACUAUUCAUAUAUAUUGGCCUGAAUAAGAUAGAACCAUUCCACCGCUUUAUCGGGGAAGAAAUGAUGACAAAUAUAAAGUACCCCUUGAAGGACAACACUAUACCCGCAUGGGCAGUACCGAUAUAUGCAGUACUUUUUCCGAUGCUAGUCUUCCUCAUAUACUACAUUGUCCGUAGAGAUGUUUAUGAUCUGCAUCAUGCCACCUUAGGAUUACUCUAUGCUGUUGGCUUGACUGCUGUGAUAACGGAUGCAAUCAAGGUCGCUGUCGGGCGACCACGACCGAACUUCUUUUAUAGGUGUUUUCCUGAUGGUGAACCGGUGUUCGAUAAUGUCACGCAUGAUGUCCUAUGCUAUGGAGAUAAAGCAGUUAUAAAGGAAGGCUACAAAAGCUUUCCCAGUGGCCACACAUCCUGGUCUUUUGCCGGUUUAGUUUUCCUCUCAUGGUAUAUGUCUGGGAAGAUCAGGGCAUUCAAUCACGGCGGCCACGUGGCGAAGCUCUGCAUCGUGUUUCUUCCCGUACUUGCUGCUAUACUCGUCGGGGUUUCCCGUGUUGAUGACUACUGGCACCAUUGGCAGGACGUAUUUACUGGUGCUAUUAUAGGCACAGUCCUUUCGACCUUCUGUUACUUGCAGUUCUUCCCAUUCCCACAUGAUGUAAAAGGUUGGGCGCCUCACGCAUACUUUCGGAUGUUGGAAGAGAGGAGUCGGUCACACUCCGAUGUGGGAAGUUCGUACAUGGGAUUGGAAUCUGGGAUGGAACUUACAGGAGCGAGUCCAAACGACACUGUCCCUGUUCUCGAUGCCAUGGAAGCUGGGAGAAGAUAACAUUAAUUUAAGACGAAAACUUAGUUUAUCUUAUUUUAGUUACAUAUAUAUUUGACUAUACAGACGGUAUUCGAUAUAUACGAGUUGAAGCACUCUCUGUUCUUCUUGAUGGGCUAA